GAGGAAAGCGUUCAUCCACCGUCUCCAUCUGAACUGUCGUCGGUGAACGCUGAAGCUCCUCGUAGCUGUCCAUCCGAUGGUGUGCCACUUCUGAUGGUUGCCGAUCCACCGUUGCCUGGCGAUUUGUGCUAUCUGAACAAAACCUCAGAGAAUAGACAUUUAUCAGAAAUGGACGGCGAUUCCACGGACGCGGUGGUUGUUGUCGAUAUGGACGCAUUACCUUGCUUGGACGCAGUAGCCGAGCAAACCGACGUGAGUGAAGAACGUCCCGAAACACCGUUAACGCCCUCAUUGGAUCCCGAGUUCUUGCGUAGACUCGAAGAAGAGGACAUGCCGAGACGUGUGCUGCGAUCGUCAACAAUCGCUUCGACGGAGCACUCGAAGCACCACGCUGCACAACGAUCUGCUGCUGCAGCCUCAUCACGCCAUAAAACCGCAUCAUUAUCCUCAUCUCAUUCCACCAAUAACACCAACAAUGCCAUUAGUCCUCGUAAACGAAAUCCACAAUCGCGUGCUGCAAAUCGAACACCCAAAAAACAAACCACGGCGGCGCCCGCAUCGUCUGGUGUUCAGUACGAUCCGAUCGAAGUGAAAAUAAGCGAUGAUGUGAUCACUCCAUGUGCUCCAUCAUCGAGUGGUCUCAGCAGUGUCUCGAGUGUUUCGAGUUGUGCAUCGUAUCGAUCGAAAGGAAGUCGUAAGAAGAGACGAAUCCGAAUCGAUAAAUCCAACUGGAAACCAGUUUGCAGUGGAUCUAGGCAGUACGUCUACUUUACGAACGAUGUCUCACCGGUCAAGCGAGUCUGCUAUAAAGCAGUUCGUCAUGUUCGUGAACCGGAAACACUUCACGUUAGGGAUUCGGUGGUUGUGAAAGCACUUGAUGGGACUUGUAAUUAUGGCAAAGUAACGCGUAUUUUCUUAGACGAAGACUCUGAGUAA